GCGCUUUGAUGACGUCAGCUCAAUCCGACAGCAACCGCAGCUGAGCGCGGAAUUUAAAAAUAGGAAUUUGCUGCGUACAUUCAUAUUUAAGAGCUAGUUUUUCGGUCGGACUGAAAUAUUUGGCGUAGUAACGUUAGACAUAUAAACCGAGUAAAUAUAUUAAGUGAAUUUCUUUCGUUUUGCGCACGUUUUUUGUUGUUGUUUUUGUUCAAGGCAAAUAGUGACGCAAUCAAACAGCACCCGCGUUGUUUGUAUUGUUAGCCAGAAGUAAGUAACUUCGUUGACGAUGCAGCCUCCUCUUAAAAUACCGAAAAAUAAGACUUUUAUGGUAUGCUAGAUUUUGGGAGAUAAGUCUGAUUUUACAUUUAUUCAGGUGCGACAAGUUUGUCUGUGUCAGUUUAAAAGCGUUGCUAACACUGGCAGUAAGAGGUUCGUUAUUCAGUCAACAAGCUAACAUGAGAUCCCUUUGGGGGCAGUAGCAACACACUGUCUCUCUAGCAGGUGACUAGUACAAAGAAGUUUCCGCGAUGGAGGAUAACUCGUCUUGUUCUUCGAUGGUGACUGGUCUCUCUCAAGCGUCUUUCCUCCAGUGGACGCUGGAGCGAUUGUCCUCGACUCAGUGUCUGAAGCUGAAAGCUGGGGAGGGGGCCCCUGUCGCUGUCAUUGCACUUCAGAGGUACUUAUCCGAGCAAACUGAAGGGCAGCAGCAGCAGCUCCACAGCUACACCUACGAUGUGACCAUCACCGACGGAGUCUGGCGAGCAAAAUGCUUGGUUCACUUUGGUUUAAAUCACCUGGUGCACACGAGCACCCUGAGGACUGGCACCGACAUCAGCAUCACGCAGUGCUCUUUUGUUUACAACGAGAGAAGACUGGGACACGGUUACAUUUGCAUUGAAAAGCUCAUAUGUGGCGCAGAGAGGUCUGUCGUCCUGCCCCGUAUAAGCGAUGUCGGUUCACUGCCUAUGCUGGUCAAGCAUGGCAUGGAGAGGAGUGUGGUGCUGCACAGUGAUGUUCCCCUUCAGGUGAGCCGCAAACACUACCUGUCCCUGUGGAACAACGACGAUCCAGAGGGAGACGUCUGGAGCUCAGACUCUCCCUCAUCUGACACACUGCUGGACGUGUCCAAGAUUACUCUACUAAGUAGUCUGGAGUCAUAUAGAAGCCCAUGGAAACCUCUCCCUCUCCUAGUGAAGAUAAUACACAAAUCUAGGUUAAGAUAUUAUGGGAAGUUUGGGCUCAAGAUUGAUUACCCCUACCAGGCGUACUUUGAAGUUGCUGACCAGAGUGGCACAAUGUCCCUUGUGCUUUGGAACGAACUUUGUCCAGAAUUUUACAAGAGACUGAACGUAGGGACAGUUUUGUACCUUCAAAAUUACAAGCUCAAGCAGAGUUAUUCAAACCGGUCACGCCCGCAAAUGGACCAUCACAGAAUGAAGACCUUUAACUCUGUAGAAAUCUGCCUGAACCCUCGCAACCCAGCUUCGGUCAUCACUGUAGUCUCACCAAAGAGUGUGCUGCCUCAGUGGGGAUUGCCCGAGGUUUCAUACCAGUUCACAACCAGGUCAGAGUUGGAAAAAUUAGCCAGCAAUUCUGCUUGUGAUAUCAUUGGUUUGGUAACAUUUGUUGGUCGUGUUGAAAGAGUCAAGAGUAAAGGGAACAAGGGUCCAGAAAAAUACUGGACGUAUCGCUGGGUCCACGCAGUGGAUGGGACAUCUAACCAUCCUUUCAUUCUAGAGAUUUUUUCCUCUUCCCAACCAGAAAUCUUCAGUUGUAUAUGCCCAAUGACCUACCUGGUAUGCACUCAGAUGAGGGUUUGUCAAGUAGAGGGCUCAUUGCCUUACCUCACAAGCAGCUGCGAGACAGAGACCUUCAUCACAGGCUACCACAAAGGUCAGCCAUAUGUGAGUGAUCCCACAGUGAAGAGUUUCAUCCAGUGGACCAAGACUCUGAAGGACAACGUCAUCCUCAAGAAGACUGCUGUUGGUGGCUAUUAUUGCUACCCUCGUCCCCCAAAGACAUUUACACAGUCAAUGGCAGAUGCCUCAGCUCAAGUUCCUCUGGUGGCUGCGGUCGACUUGAAAAAGGAGUUAGAGACCCUGCAGUAUCGGGAACAUAAAAAACUGGCAAUACAAGGACAGAUCACGGCAGUGCUGUACAUGAAAACCCCAAAGACCACGCAGUCACAAGCAACACAAGAGAAAGAGAUGCCAGAUUUGUCUACUGAUGUGUGUGUACCAGACACACCCGGUCAUCCUCCAGCAGCUGAGCAGACUUUGGCGGACAGUUUAACAUCUGCCUCGGCUGAGAAAAUCUCAGCAAGCAGAAGAAAAAGAAGAAUUGAAAUGAGAAAAGCCACAGAGUCCUCCUUGAUUCGUGGUAGCGUGCCAUCAAAAAGAAGGGCUGGACAUAAAAAUACAGAGGAAAGACAAGAGCAGGAAGAAAAGGAGAGUGACUCUGAAUCAGAGGCAGCUCAGGAUGUGGAACAUAGCCUGCAAUCGCAAAAUCCAAAUCAAGACUCUGUUGUUUUAUCUUGGCAAAGCAGCAGUUGGCUGAAGCAAAGACAAGAUAUAUCUGAACAUUUGUGCCAGGGUGGUGUGUACCAGGACAGCAUCUCUCAGAGGUUCACGCCUAAUGCAAAGAACGUCCUCCUGCAGUGGGGUAACCUUCAGCCAACGCGGUGGACACCAGAAGAAACUGCUGAAUCCAUCCCGCCUGUGGUUUGUCCAGGAUACUACCAACUAACAAUAUUAGGCAUAAACAAGCAGAUAGCCGUUGAUGCUGCAUAUUUUCCUGUUGUCAGUGCUGAUGAGCCCAGGGCUGUAGGACUUCCUCAGGAUCCCCACGGUAACACGAUGCUGUCCUGCCUUUCGUCGGGCUUCCUCUGCCCUCUCAGUGUCGCAGCCAACCACGGUGAUGCAACCCUUCCCGAGCCAGAGGAGGUCUUAGUGACUGCCGGCGAGCUGGAGGAUACACACGUCGUGUGCAUCUUGGACCUUUGUCAUCUGGGUGGAGAUAAGGUGGAAGUCCUGAUCAACAAGGUGUACAGAGUGACAGAGGUUUCUCUCGACUAGGAGCUACAGAAGAGCAAGUGUUCAGUUCUGUGAGAAUAUCUUGUAAUUAUUAUCAGUGUGCAUUAAUCAUGUCAUUAGAAAGUUAUUUUGGCCAGAAAGAGGAAAACCUAGUGCACUUAUUUUAGACCAAACCUCAAUUUGAUAUGAACUUCCAUGUUACGCAUGUACAGUAAAUGUCACUUUAUACUUUAUAUUGUGCUUUAAUAUUUUGAAGAGAGUGAACUAUUUUAUGAUCUAUUAAAAUAUGGAAAUAUAUAAAAUUGCAUAUUUUUUACCAUCAGAAUCAACUGUUUAUUUACUGUGGCUGACAGAAGUUGCUUAGGCAACAAAGAAAGGGUCAGUUUACUACACACUGCAAGUUUUUCACUGCUUUGACCAGGAAAUUUUCACUGCAGACUUAUAAUUGUUAGAAAGGUAUGGUAUUUUGGGUGGCUGCCAUCAAAUGACCCAGUGUGAAAAUCAAAUCAUCAUUAAGGUCUGAAUAAUUUUACAAAUGCUCUAAUGAAACAAUAUAUAUUCCUCAGAGAAUUGUUAAAGACGAUGUUUUAUUUAAGUUCUGAUGUCAAAUCUUUUUCCUCCAGUGUCCAGGCCUGCUCAGUCUUUUUCAUAGAUUGAUAUUGGCUGGUUUUCUGAUGUUUAAAUACGACUUUUUGCAUUAAGAACAGACAGUUGAGAAACACUCUUGUACAUAACAACUAAUUUUCUAAGUAAACAGUUUGCUCAGAAUAACCAUACAUAUGUUUAAAAAUAUUUAUUUUCAUAUAUUUCACAAUAUCCAGGUUGAUUUAUAAAUAAUUCAAUAUAGCAUAAUUAUUAUCAAGAUAUUUUAGAAUGUAAACUUAAUUUGUUAAUUUCUUUUAAAACACUCUUAACAAUAUUUUAAAGCUUAUUUUGAUGGUAAAUACACAAAGAAAACAAGCCAUACAAGUGACUGUGCAACACCAAGUUGAACUCAAAAAAAAAAGCCUCACCUCCUCUAAUAAGACACUUCAUUAUCUGUUACAAAAUU